CUUUGAUCACGUCGUCAUAAUAAUGAUGGAAAACACUGGAAGACCAAAUAUCACAGGAAACAAAGACAUGCCAUUUAUCAACAAGUUGAUUGACGAAGAAAUGUAUGCUGAUCACUAUCAUGGUUACACCAAUCCAAGCCUGCCAAACUAUAUUGCAAUUACUGCUGGAUCUCAGUUUUGGUCCUUUUCAGAUAAUCCAGCCCAGGAAUUUCCACAUACUAAUAUUGCAGAUCUCCUGGAAGAGCGUGGAAUGACAUGGAAGAACUAUGCACAGUCCAUUCCGACAGUUGGCUUCUUGGGACAUUAUUAUCCCAACAACUCGGAUUUUGCUGUAUACGUAAAGAGACAUGUCCCAUUCGCGUUGUAUCCUCAAAUCACGACUAAUUCAUCUCGUGUCAAAAAUAUUGUUCCAUAUUCUCACAUUUUGGAUGACUUGAGGAAUAAUGCGCUUCCAAAUUUCAGUUUCAUCACCCCUGACGUUUGCCAUGACAUGCAUGGACAGUAUUCUUUGCAUGUCGAGUAUGAUGCCUCGCCACAAGAGGGAGGACCAAACGACAAAUAUUGCCCAUUCAAUGACUAUCAUUUCAUGUGGACAAAUGGAGAUAAAUUUGUUGAAGCUGCCGUUACCAAUAUUACAUCAUCAGACCAGUGGAAAAACUCCAAUUCCGUCAUCUUCAUUACUUGGGAUCAGUCUGAAGUGGAUUUCAAUAAAUCUACCGACGGUUGGCAGUUUGUUACGGCAGGACCUGAUUCACCUAAUCUACCUGCAGGAACUGAUCUCUUACCCGCUGGUGGAAUUUAUGGAGGCGGUCCCGUCCCUCUUAUAGCUUUAUGGAGCAAGAAACCAAACAACCAUGUAGUCUAUUCAGAAAAAUGUAAUCACUUGUUCACUUUAAAAACAAUUUUGAAGGCGUGGAAACUGCCCUACUUGGCGUAUACCACGGAUGAAAUGCAAAUCAAGACUUUCGAUUCCUUUUUUCAGUAGAAAUCAUGUCGUUCAUCUUUCCCAUCUUGUGUCUCUCCAAUAUUUGUUGAAAUCUAUGAGUGUUUCGAAGUAAAAUAGUGUUUUUAUUU